CUUCCGGGUCAGGUUGCUGGGUUACCCGGUGCGGAAGGGGCCCGGCCCGGCCCGGUUGGAAAGAAAGCGGCUGGCGGCGCGGCGGGCCCGGGAUGGCGGCGUGGCGGGCCCGGCUCCGCCUCUGGCUGCUGCUGCAGCUGCUGCCGCAGGUCUACUGCGAGUAUGGGAUGGUACAUGUCCUUUCAGAGAAGGGGAGCAGCAAAGGAAAAGACUAUUGUAUCCUCUUCAACUCUCAGUGGGCCCAUUUGCCACAUGAUUUGGGUAAAGCUUCACUCUUGCAACUGCAGGACCUGACAGCAUCUGUUUUGUGUUCUCCUUCUGACAUACCUGAUGGGGGAUUUAAUAACCAAAUCCCCAUGGUGAUGCGAGGGAAUUGUACCUUCUAUGAGAAAGUGAGGCUUGCUCAGAUAAACGGAGCUCGUGGGCUGCUGAUUGUUAGUAGAGAGAGACUGGUUCCCCCUGGGGGUAACAGGAGUCAGUAUGAAGAGAUUGAUAUUCCUGUGGCGCUGCUCAGCUACACCGAUAUGUUAGAUAUCGGCAAGAGUUUCGGCAGCUCCGUGAAAGGGGCAAUGUAUGCACCAAACGAGCCGGUGCUCGACUAUAACAUGGUGAUUAUAUUUGUCAUGGCUGUGGGGACUGUUGCAAUCGGAGGCUACUGGGCAGGAAGCAGAGAUGUGAAAAAGCGGUACAUGAAGCACAAACGUGACGAUGGGGCAGAGAAACAUGAUGAUGAAACAGUUGAUGUGACUCCGAUAAUGAUCUGUGUCUUUGUAGUGAUGUGCUGCUCAAUGCUGGUCCUGCUUUAUUUCUUCUAUGACCACUUAGUCUAUGUUAUCAUAGGAAUAUUCUGCCUGGCUGCCUCAAUUGGUCUCUACAGUUGUCUGUCUCCCUUUGUAAGAAGAUUCCCCUUGGGAAAGUGUAGAAUCCCAGACAACAACUUGCCUUAUUUUCACAAGCGUCCGCAGGUCCGGAUGUUACUGCUGGCGGUAUUUUGUAUCUCUGUCAGCGUAGUCUGGGGAAUCUUCAGAAAUGAAGAUCAGUGGGCCUGGGUUCUGCAAGAUGCUUUAGGAAUUGCUUUCUGUCUUUACAUGUUGAAAACCAUUCGCCUGCCUACAUUUAAGGGUUGUACCUUGCUCCUCCUGGUUCUUUUUGUGUAUGAUGUAUUCUUUGUAUUUAUCACACCUUUUCUAACAAAGACUGGGGAGAGUAUAAUGGUGGAGGUGGCUGCGGGCCCAUCUGAUUCUGCCACUCAUGAAAAGCUCCCGAUGGUCCUGAAGGUUCCACGCCUGAACUCCUCACCGCUGGCGCUGUGUGACAGGCCUUUUUCUCUCCUGGGAUUUGGAGACAUUUUAGUUCCAGGCUUGCUGGUAGCCUAUUGCCAUAGAUUCGAUAUUCAGGUGCAGUCGUCCAGAGUCUAUUUUGUUGCCUGCACAAUAGCAUAUGGCAUAGGCCUUCUUGUGACCUUUGUUGCCUUGGCAUUGAUGCAGAAGGGCCAGCCGGCUCUCCUCUACUUGGUGCCCUGCACUCUUCUCACGAGCUUUGCUGUGGCUCUUUGGAGAAAGGAGCUCGCAAUGUUCUGGACGGGCAGCGGCUUUGCGAAAGACCUACCUCAGCCUCCCUUGGUGGUAGCUCCUGUCAACUGCCCCGAGCCUCCCAAAGACAGCAACGCAGCAGGCUCUCAGCCCAGCCCAGAGCAAAUGACCAACCCUACCCUCCAUGUGAAGGAGCUGCGCGACGCCGCCUCGGCUGCGGAGGAGCUGGCUGAUCCUGACGCAAAGAUGGACCAGUCGGAAAUUUCUAUUGCACAGAGCGAGGAACCAGCUGGGCAGGAUAAGGACGACCAUGAAAGCAACUGCCUCAAUGUAGAGCAAAACCAGCUGGAGUACCUGUAUUGGCUACUAGUCUAGUUUAAAAGGCAGGAUGGACAGAGCCGCAGGAAGCUUUCUGAGCACUCGUAUGAGACGCGUAUAUUAAGCAUAUUAAGAAUGUUUAAUGUUUUAGAAAUAACAUACGAGUCAAAUAGGUAAGAAAAUAGUAGCAGCGCUAUACCAAGCUGAAUAGGUAAUACUUUCAUUGGGAAAAUGUUAAAGUAAAGUAAUAAAAAUCCAUUUAUUUGGGGUUUUAGCUUCUACUUCUGAUUGGUUUAAGGUAUAUAAUGGUAAUUUCACGUUCCAAAGGAAAUAAUCCAGUGUUUUCAUCCCCAAGGGAGCAUGUAGGGUGCUAUAGUCAGUCAUGAUUUAAAGCUCCUUGCUGCUCAGUAACGCAUCAACUGCCUCAGUCCUGUCCUGUCCGUGUCCCGAGCAGCCAAGGCAUGGCCUGUUGGGGUCUGAAUGAGGCUGUGAUCCAGCCUACUAUUUUGCAUCUCUUGCUACACAACAUUAUGAAGGACUAAAUUUGUGAAUUUACAACUUUCUGGGGUGCAGCUGGACUUACUUUCUAUUCCUGAAAUUGUGCAUUUUCCUGUAUAACAUGGUGAGUCUUUUAUGCAUCAGCUUUAGUACACACAGAGGGUUGAUGUGAUUUGCAUAUUAUUUAUUCCAUCUACAAACAUAUGGCUUUAUCAAAGGUGUCUGUUCUACAAACUGCAAUCCCAGAAAGCCUCACUUUACAUUAAAACUGAAAUAGAAAAUGGAAAUAUUCUAGGAUCCUAGAAUAUGAUUCCAAAUUGCGUGGAAGAAAUACUCUUCAUAGUAUUUGAGAGCCCAAAAUGUCAUUUACAAAAGUAUCAUCGUAGUGACAAGAUCAGAGGCAAUGCUUUUAAAUUAAGAGUCUCCAGUUGGCAUCUCGAGUUGGAUUCUGAAGGGCUCUCUUUUAAUGUCUGUUAAAUUUUAGCCACCGUCUUUUUGGCUAGGUCUUCCAAAAGUUUGCCCUGUGGGGUUUUUUUGGAUGGUAACUUGUGGUUUGAUCUGUUUCACGUUCGGUGGAUAGUAUUUUUUUUUCUCUGGAAUGUGAAAGGCUUUCUGUAAAACCACACUAUAGCUUCAGAGUUUUACCAGCUUCUGCUUAAAGCCUCAAGCCCUGUCUGGUAAGUUGCUUUAGUGGUGAGUUUCUGGAAAGGCUUCCUGAGUCCAAAGGUUUGUGCUACAUUUAAUUUACAAAUCACCCUAAUGGAAGAUAGUACUACUAUCAGAGAUCUGUUUUUCAAUCUCCUUUUUAAUGGACUAUGUUACUUUUGCCAGCAGUAAUCUGAACAGAAUUACUACUUCUAAAAAGCAACAGAGACAUUUUACUGAAAACUUGAGCCAGCUGGAUUAUGCCUUAAUUUAAGCCAUUGUAUAAGUAUGUAUAUUAAAUUAAGAAAACAAUCUUAAUGUGUUUAAAAAAUGAACUUGACAAAUAGCGCAAAAAAAAAAAAAAGUUUGGAGACUGACUCAAAGUUCUAUGGUUCUUUGCCUUGAUUGUCUUUUAGUCAUAAUGUUAUUUGGAAUAGCUUUUUAUAUACUUAAAAGCCAGUAGCUUUCUGAUGAUGAAGCAAAAAGUUUUAUCAUCUACUUGAAAGUGUAUUUUAACAUUUGUUCUCAUAUGUCGUGGGUUAGGAAACAGUUUAUUUCUCAGAUUGUUUAUAACUCAAUUAAAAUGGAAGAAUCCGUACCAUUUAACUCGUAAGCAUUUACCAGUUGCUUUGUUCACGCUGCAUUCUAGGCAGGGCUGCUUGGAGCACGGGCUCCACCUGAUGUUCCUGGCGGUUUUCCAUCUAUUUUUAAGUGUGGUGAUGUUUGUUGGUUUGUUUUGAUUUUCCCCAAACAACAAAGAAAAGAAACAAUAGCUACUCAAUGCAAUAUCUCCAGUUGGGGUACGUGACGUGGCGGUGAGCUCCGUACUCUGGCUGUUCCAGUACUGUACAUCAAUGACCCUGCUGCACCCAUCCAGCCAUCCGGCUGCGACUGUUGGGACUGAUCCUGAGCAGCAGAAUCCAAGGCUGUGCUCGUUUGCCUUUCAAAAACCUCCCUGACCAGCUUAAUGUAAAACUUCAUGUAGUGUAGGAAAUUGUGAAGAUUUAGUGUAGCUGACUGAUUUUAUUUGAUCCCACAUCCCUCGAGUUAAAAUGCUCAAAGAAAUGAAAGUGUUGUUAAAAGUAACGUUGAUGCACUUUUAUUUACAUCUUUCACAUACUAAGCCUUUAGCUAACUAAAAAUUCAAUAAGGAUUAUUUUUGAAGAACUACAUUUUCAGAGGAAUCACUUGUUUUUGUUUAAAAAAACCCAACCACACAACAACAGCAAAAAAAACCCCAAAACAACAACCAACCCACUAAAAAAAACAUUAAAAACCAAACAAAACCCACAAUUCCUUGGAUCACAGUAGUGAGGAUCGGAUUCUUUCCUGGGACUGAAAUUACUAGAUAUUGACAUGUUGGACCAAAUGUUUGGUUUUGGCUGUAGAGGGGCUGCACAAAUGCAGCUGGAAGCAGAAUCCAACCUGAAAGACUUUACUAAAGGUGACAAGGGAGAAGUAUCCCAAACCCUCUUUUAAUUUUGGGGAUUAUUUUUUUUUUUUCUUGUCACAAAUGAAGAGCAUUUUAACUGAAGUAUAUAAAAAGGAAACAGAAAAAAAAAUAUUCUGAAAUAUAUUCUGCUUUUACCAGGGACGGUAAAAAAAAGAGCACAUCCACAUAUGUAAGAAUGAAACUGGUGAAAAUAUUUUGCAUUUUCUCUAAACUUGGACAAAUGCCAGAAGACAGAAAAUCUACAGCACGGUGUAUUUUCCCAUAAUUUACUAGCAUGUCUAAGAGAAAGCUUAAUUUAGAAAAUAGAUCAUCGGUCAACCUUUUCCUUCAGAAGCUGCUCUUUUCUUACAGUACUGCUCAGUAUGUCUCGGUAAGAAUGCCUUGCAAGUCUUGAUGGCGUUUUUCAGGUGUGCACGUUUCUGUUUCAGAUUUGGGUUUUGCAGCUGUGAUGCAAAACAAUUAACAUUUGUUCUCUUAUGUUGUGGGUUAGGAAACAAUUUAUUUUUCAGGCUCGGCCUGAGAACGUGCCGUGGCUGUAGUGGCAGUGCCUGAUAACUUCGAAAAAAUAAAAAAAAAUUAUCAGGAGAUAGCCCUGACUGCAAAGCCCAAAAAAACUAGCUAGGAAACUGAAAUAAUACCAUUUUGAGCUUUUAAAAAUGUGGCUGCCUUCAUUAAUGAGCUCUUUGGGAGGUGCUGUGUGGUUACCUGCAGCGCUUUGGUCUCUAGUAUCUGAUGGGCAACAGAAUGCAUAGAAAAUUUAAAGGUAUUUUUCUAUUUAACCACAAAUUAUGUUCUAUAGGUUCUUGCUUUAAAAGUUUUCAAAUCACAAUACUUGCGCCCAUGGAGAUGCUCGGUGUCUGCUGGAUAUCUUGCCCUACAGUUUGUAGAACUUUUCCUGGGUAGACAAUAAUAAUUAAAAAAAAGAGGCUGUAUCGGGUGUUUGGUAAGUGUUGGCUUGAAAUAAAUGCUUACACACAGCUAUUUUAGUGCAAGAUCCUGCGGUUUUGUUCUUUAGCCCUAUGGUUGGGUAACGCACAUAUUGCUGGUUUCUUGCACUACGCUGGCUGGGAUGUGAAGCCCUGUAGUAUUUCUUUGUAAUGGCAGCUUUGUUGAUUAUCAAUUAACAAAACUAUUUGGUGUACGCUUUCAUCAUGUGGCAUUAUUUGUCCUAUGUUGACGGGUAAAUAAGCUGGCAAAGCAGUGAGGUGUGACUAGUGCGUAUUGACGUGACGUGCAUCACAUUGACACAAAUAUUUGGAAUAUAGACGUACCAGCAGAUCCAAAUAUUUGUCCAAAACCUGCAGAGAUGGUGCCUUUUUUCAUGACAAGUACAAUCGCUGAUGUUUUAAAAUAAAACCUGUGUAAGGGCUCCGUCCUCAGGAAAAUGAGGACGUUAUUAUUCUUAUUAUUAUUAGAGAGUUCAGGAGAGAACAGGAACUGUGAUCAGAGGUGCAGAAAACAUCAGCAAGGAAAGAUUAAUCUCUCGGUGUUUUAUCUAGAUUAUCUGGAGCGUGGCUCCCCAGCUGGCUGGCGGGACACGAAGCACCGAGUUGCACCGACAAGCUCGUUGGUUUUCCCAUGAGGCCGUGUCAGGGAUCCCAGGUGGGAUGGAGAGGGAAGGGAUAAGAGCCGAGGUGGCUCAGAAAGCGUGAGGAGCCACUCCAAAAAAACAGCAGUAGGAGAGUUUACCCCGAGAGGUCCAAAACUGCUAGUCCAAAGAGAAGACCAAAGGCAAGUGUGUCCAAUAUCCAAAAAUCCGAAAUGCUACUGCAAAUUGGAAACCCAAACAAACAUUUUUUUUUCUUUUUCAAGCAAGGAUGGCAUUAGAAUUAAUAGACUUAAAUUACGGUAAGGGAAUUUUGGUGGAAAAAUCUCCCAGAAUGGGUAACUGCUUGAGCAGUUGGCAGUGGGAAGCACACAGAACAGGGCUGUUUGCAGCCUGCCUACUCCAGGUGUAAUCCGAGGGUUGGGCUUCCUACACUGUAACACCGACGCUGGAGCACCAGCUUUAUCGUGUAGCAGCCAGGUUAUAUCGUAUCAGCGUCGCGACUGACAAAAGACUUUUGUUUGGGCUAAUUUAAAGGUGAUAAAUCCUUUUGCAAGCCACCACAUCAAAGCACACAGGUUAAAGAGAUGCGGUGCUCUUUCUACCAAGAUAAGAAAAAAAUGUUUUCGGAUGUGUGUUUGAUUUGUUGAAUUGCAUUGAAUGUUUCUGGCACCCUGAAAUGUUUUUUGGAAGCCUUGUGUGCUACCAGAAACGUUCUUUGGUGCUGGCACAAGGGAAUUGUCUCUUUACUCACCCUCUAUCUGCUGCAUUAGCGAUUGUGUGCUCCUCUCUGAGAGUUUCAUCUUUGCCUUUUCCAGUUUUGCAGGUAAAUGUUCAAAUUAUAUGGAGCAGAGGUGAGGUUUUGCCAUCUAGAUUAGCGAUAGAUGACAAAUCAUGGGCUUAAAUUGGAUUUUCUUGAAUUGGGAACUAGUAUAUUUGGCAGAGUCUUCUGUAUUUUCAGGAACUAUCAGAGGACUAGACUUCAGGUGAUGCAGUGACUCCGGUUUUGGGUGUGUUUUCCCCAGCAGCUGUUGGGAAUAUUUCAACCCUUGGUCCUGUUGUUGACCUGCUGGUAGCCAAGGGUGACAAGUCUUGGGAUAAUUUGGAGCCACCGUCCUUAGCUGAAGGCGGCAUUAUAGUUUAUCAAGUUUCUCACGACAUUUUCUUGCAUGUUAAUGAUGGAAAAAAAAACUUCAUCCAGGUGUUGAUCUCGGAGAAAUCUUUGAGAUGGUCUGUAGCUUCGCAGUUUUUGGUUGAGACGCGCUGACUGCUGGCACAGAGGCACUCGGGGUGUGCUGAGAAGUUUCUUUGAGUGUUUCAUGGAAACGCUGGGGAGGUGAAAACGUGUGGAGACGGGGUCUCAAGGUAAACAAGCUUAGCAUAGCUCCUGAAAAAAAAUAUCAGGGACUUGAGCUUGCCCUGCAGGAUCAGAACGACACCACCUAACAGUCAAGAGCUGCUGGAGGAUCUCCAGCACUGGGGGUGUGAUGGUCUUGAUGAGCAGCAACGCGCGGUUCAGCCUGUGCCGUUGGUUCCAUGGGGUCUCCGGGAGAGCAGCCCCCCCCCUGCCCCGUGCCGGAUCGUACCCAGGGGCUGUAGCUGAUGCUGUUGCCAGUGCAAUAACCUUUCCUUGAAGCCUGGUAAAGGAUAGAAAUUGCUCUUUUUGUCUGAAAGGUGUAGCUCUAGUCAGAAAAAUGCCAUAAACCUGCCGCUUUUCCAUUGCGGAUCCACACUUUACGUGGCUGGGAUGGUGGGAAGCUGGUCAUGAGGAACAAAGUCACGGAUGUGCGUUUCCACAGCAAGAAACCAGUAGGUUUCCUUAUUGUUCUGCUCUGACUGCAGCUGUUACAGUUCCCGUUGAGCAAAAACUUUAAACCAGUGGCUCAGGUUUAGAGAAAAACACCCAUCGUGGGGCAGUUCAGUCUGGGCCAGGUCAGAAUCCGGGUUUUUUGUAGCUGGCAGUGGAGACUUCAAAAAAAAUGUGCGUGUCUGACGUUACCACAGAGUCUUGCAAGCCUGCGUGGGGAGAGCACCUAAUUUCCCUAAUGACCAGUUAAUGGGAGUGGCCUGUGCGUGCUGGUGUGAACACCUAUUGCCUGUUUGUCCUCAGCUCGUGCAUUGUCACUUGUCCUCUCCAACAACACUGCCAUUCUCAGACUCGCACGGAGCCAGCAAGGCUGUGAGAAAGCAAAAAGGAAUCAGUGCUGUGGCGCAUCCCCCGCUGCUGUCCGCAAAGCGCACGCCUGGGCAUUGGUCCUGCCACCUGCAUUGCGUGUCGCGUUCGUCAUGGGGUGGCUGUCACAUUUGAACGCUAAAAAUUAAUCUUUUUGAUCCUAGAAGUCACUGGCAGUAAGUACAAGCUCCAGUGCUUUCAGCCUGGCAACGUGUGAAAGCAAAACCGAAUUGUUUAAGGCAAAAUGUGGAUUUACAGCCCUGCCUAUAGAUUUUUUUAUCCAUAUCAUUUAUUUUUUAACCAUGUUCCUUCAGUUUCUCCACCCAGCCCAGUGCUGGAGGAGCUGGGGCAUUAAGAACAUCCCAGCAACGUGCAAGUCCCAUUUGGCUGGUGCUGGUGUUGCUCAGCUAAAACGAAAUUAGUGGUGCUUUGUGUGUGGAUCAGAUGGAGGCUGGAUGGGAGCUGGGAGCAGCAUAAAGAGGAUUUAUGAGAUGAGUUAGAUACCGAUUUGCUUAAUGCUAGGUUUCUUGGAUGCUUGAUAAUAGCUGCUUUUAGUGAGCAAGUUUAUUUUGGGAGGGUAACGUUAUAGGUAGAAGAAUUUUCAGUGUCUGCUGUCUUUGGUGGAAGGAGUUUGUAAUAAUGUUCAAAUAAUAGUAUAUAGGCUAGUGUUAUGAAGAGUGCAAACUCUAAAGGUUGUUAAUUUUAGCGCUUGCAAAUGCAUACGUUUAACUCUGCAUAUGUAGCCGUAAGG